UCGUCCCAGUCCAGCAGUGAAUUUCCCUUACUCGCUUAGAUUUCUUCCCUCUUGUUCGACAAAUUCCUAAAGUGGAAACGGAGCUCGAUAUGGAGAUUAAUGGCGGAGUAGGAAGAAGAAGUAUCAGCAGAGAGAUGAGCCCCGAGAGAUCCAAAACAACCCGCUUUGCUUCGCAGAAGGACAAGGAAAAAAGCCUCACCGCAGCCGCAAUAAGAGCUCAGGUCGUUUACUAUCUUAGCAGAAACGGGCAGCUUGAACACCCUCACUUCUUGGAAAUUUCCCAUCUCCCCAACCAGUUCCUUCGUCUCAAAGAUGUGAUUCAGAGGCUCACAGUUCUCAGAGGCAGGGGAAUGCCAUCUCUUUUCUCUUGGUCCAGUAAGAGGAGUUACAAAAAUAGCUUCGUGUGGAACGAUCUGUCGGAGAACGAUAUCAUUUAUCCUGCUGAUGGCGCUGAAUACAUUCUCAAAGGUUCUGAGAUCAUUCAUGGCUGCACUCCUAAUUCAGAACGAUUUCAACAUUUGCAGCUAAGCAACAAGAAAACUAUGGAGGCGUUGUACAAAACCAGACAAGCUUUGGAAGCCGAAGAGGAGGAACAAGAAGAAGUAGAACAAGAAGAAAUGGAGAAGGAUGCAUCCGGCGACUGCACCACGAGUGACCACACCGCCUACACUCAGUGCUCUCCGCCGUCUUCCUCCUCUCCCGACAAACCACCGCCUGAAUCCGCCGCCGGAAACCGCGUAUCAACCUGCCGCUCCGAUCCAGUGCACCUCACACGCAACUCUGUCCUUCAGUUCAUCUCCUGCGGCUCCGUCGCAGUCAAGGGAGUCCGCGCAGCCGCCGCCUCCGCCGGCGCUCCGGCUACUGUUAAGGGUAGGAAGAGUGGAGAAAGCCUCGAAAGGGAGGCGGCGGAGUUGCAGUGUAUGUCCGUGAAUCCACGGCGGGUGGGGAAUAUUCCCUUGGAGGAGAAGGAGUAUUUCAGUGGCAGCAUCGUGGAGGCCAUGGCCGAGACCGGACGAGUGUCGCCUGAACCGGCCAUGAAGAAAUCCAACUCCUACAAGGAAGAAAGGGGAGGCAAGGUGGGCAUUGGAGAAGAGGAAGAGAGGGAGAGUGCAGAAGGAAGAGUGAGAGGAAAGUGCAUUCCUGGCAUGAAGCGCAGCUCAGCCAAGCAGAAAGAGCAGGAGCAGGAGGAGCAGCACAGCAGACGCAGCAGGAAAUGAGAGGCUUGC